AUGGAUGGGUCUCCAUCCAAGGAGGAUAGCGGAAAGUCCUUGAGGCCAGUGCGAAACAGACGAUAUACUCGGAGAAGUUUAGUAGCAGGACAGCGACCACAGAAGAGGCUUUUCACGCCUGAAAUAAAACGUUAUUUAAAAGAUUGGCUCGUUCGACGAAGGGACAAUCCUUAUCCCAAUCGUGAAGAGAAAAAAUUUCUAUCGAGAGAGACGGGCCUCACAUACAUACAAAUUUGCAACUGGUUCGCCAAUUGGAGAAGAAAAUUGAAAAACGUAAAUGAAGACAAAAAUCAGCAAACAUGGGGCCAUCUCAUACGCACAUACAACGACCGUGCACAGGGGAAUGUGGAACAGUUCAGUAUAUGUUCAGACGACAGCAUAUGGAGUGAACCCGAGCCGAGUCCUGACCAAUCCUUAGACAUCGAGAAUCAGCUCGGAGACAACCCGGAAUCUAUAGAAUAUAACCAAUUAGAUUCUGACUCUUCCUCACAGUCAACGGAGAAGUUCGAAAGUUUCAACAAUAACUCGAAUGAGGUCGAUCAUCGGGAUGCAAAUAUCGACAGUUCGAAGAUCAUAAACGGUCCUCUGUUGCUCAGCAAGUGGUUAGAAAGCGCGGCAAGGUUUCAACCGAGUGAAACGAAUUAUUCCUGGUGGGCUGAAGGAAGGCGACGAAAAACUGAUGCCAAGUCCCAAUUAUCAGUGAAUACUUUAAGACAUGACCGGGACGAGGUAGAAGCGGCCGUUGCUCUGACAGCUUUAGCGUCUGCUACAAGCCGCCUUACAGCACCA